AUGGAAGAUAGGUCACACUUGCCAUCAACGUCUUCACAACAAGACGUCAGAGCAAGCCUAGAGAACGGAAGCUUGUUCAGAUCACUGUUCUUCAAUCAGAACAGUUCGGACGAAACGGAAGUGAACCCAGAAGCAUCUCAAGAGUUUUCAACCGGUUUCAACAAUGCUUCAAGGUUUGAACCGACCGAAUCUCGAGAGGUCCCUCAUGAUGAUAUCUUUUCGGAAGUUCCUGGAAGAUUAUCGCUGCUUAGCAAUGUGACAAAACACAAGGUUGGUUUUUUGUUUUUUUAUUGAUUUUUUAAUAUUAAAAUAGUUUUUUAAUAAGUUGACGAAGUGUCACAAAAAUUAUUAGUUUUUUGACGGAGUGUCACAAAGUUAUUGGCUUUUAUAUUUUUGUAAUUUGAUUGUAAAAAUCGAUUCUUACUUCACUUUUUGACUUUAAUUUUUGCUUUUUUUUUGUUUAUUUAUUACUAAUUUUUAAUAUUAUUAUAGAUGACAGUUGCGGAAGUACGUCGACGAGUCCUCGGCCCGGAGUGCUUCAACUUUUCGCUGCUGGGGGCCUUGCUACGACGUGCGAAGAUGCCAGGGAAGUCACAGGCGCUAUUCGAAGAUCUUCAGAAGGUCGGUCUCUCAAUACCACGUGGCCGACGACGGAACGUCACGGUAACCCUUCUGUCAGCCCUUACUGAAGCAGAGGCAGAGCAAUUGGUCCACGAUUUUGCCAAGGUUAGUGACGAUAAGUUCCCUAUCCAGGAAUUUGUCGAUCACCAGUUUGCACAGUAUUACAACAACAUGGACGCCUUGAAGAUGAGGGCGUUGGAGCUCAACCUAACCAAGAAGGUGGUUGGCGAGUUCAUUGGAUUGUUACGAUCGGAAAUUAAGGAUUUGGUGAGUUUUAUUUUUUGAAUUUUUUAGAAAAGAAUUUUUUAAAAUUGCACAGUGCACACAUUUUUUGGGUUGCACGGUGCAAUCAUUUUUCAUAAUUUUUUUGUGGUUCUAAUGUUAAAGCAAAUAGGUUAAAAUUAGUUUUAGCAAUAAUUUAUCAAAUCUUACUAAAUUUUUUAAAAAGUAUUUGUUACCUAAAAUUAAUAGAAAUUGCACAGUGCAUUAAAUAAAAAGUUUUUGUGCAAAAAAAUAAUUGACUGCACGGUGCAGCUAAAUAUAAAUUUACUUAUUUUUUUGCAUUUUAGAAGCCAGGACCAGUGUUACCGUCGAAUAUUCAAGAUCCUCUAUCAAUAUACUCGAUGCUCACGCAUGGCUUUGGAACGUUGGCUCUCCAAGUGGGCGUGAACAUGUUGGGAAAAUUUGUCCGCCAAAUGGCCCUGCUCACGGAGGAAGCAAACGGAACAUGUAAGCCUAAGACGCGGGCCCAUAGUUUGUAA